UCGUUCUUCUCUUUGGCUCUUUCCUUUUCCUUGUCCCCUCUAAUCUAAUCUAAUCUAAUCUCUGCUUUACGUUUCCUUUGCUUUUUGAUCACUGUUCUAACCUCAUGCUCAAAUAUAUACAUAUAUAUAUAUAUAUGUAUAUAUGCCUAGGGAUAGAGAUGUUUUAUAGAUACAAAGCAGGGAUAUUUGAGUGAAAGAUCCAUAUUAUCUCAUCGCUACUUCAAAUUUCGGUUUUCUGGGCACCGUAAAUGUCUGUUGCAGAGAAACCCAGUAACGAUUUAGAGUUGGGUCACCGACGGCGUCGUAGUGACGGGAGCCGGCCUUCGGUGGCCGGAAGCGGAAAGACCACCGCGGACGGGAGUCUUUGCUUCUCCGACUCCGACUCCGACGACCAGUCGUGGCACUCGCCGGUGGAGUGUCGACACCCUUCGGCGUCGGAUUGCUUGUCGGACGAUGUGGAUUUGGAGAGUGGGGAUUUGGAGUUGAAAGUGCAUUCAGCUAAGGAGCAGAGAGACUGUAGAAUUUGUCAUCUGAACUUGGUGGGUGGCGGUGAUCGGGAAUCUGCCGGUGUGGCCAUUGAACUUGGUUGUUCUUGUAAGGGCGAUUUGGCGGCUGCCCACAAGCAAUGCGCCGAGACCUGGUUCAAAAUCAGGGGUAACACAACCUGUGAGAUCUGCGGAGCCACAGCACUGAAUGUCGCUGGGCAGCCGAUAAAUGAGGGAAAUGGUGCUACUGCAAGCGCCACUGCAGCGCUGCCCGACCCCGCUGAAUCCCGAAACGCCUGGCACGGCCGCCGUGUAGUUAACGUCCUGCUUGCUUUCAUGAUCUUCGCUUUCAUUAUUUCUUGGCUCUUUCACUUCAAUGUAAUAUCCUGAACCAACCAUGGAAGCGCCAUCUUGGUCACAGAUGUCCGGGCCAUAUAUUCUAGCCAAGUCUUAUUUUGUAUCAACCAUCAAAGGGCGUGUCUUGUCUUCAGUAAACGAGGAUUCUCGCUUUGUGCGGGGUGUCGAGAUGUCAUAUUUGCAGAGACUUGUGUUGUAUUGACUACCAUGUUGUAUAAUUGGUGCUCAUCUCAUGUGGAUUGGAUUUGAUUGGUUGAUGCGUUGUUUACAGCACAAGGCUUUGCCGUGUACUUAAAAAGACAUUCAAUUCAAUUCCAUCUGAGGUGAUGUCCAUCUCUGUAUUUAAAGCUUCUCCAGUCCUCCCCAUCUGGCACCUGAGGGUCUGGGAAGUUGUUGGAGCAGCCAUUGUUAAAUAAAGGCAAAAAAUGUUAAAUAAAUAUUCAAACGAAA